GGCGUUUUUACCCGAUCAAACGGCGUUUUUACCCGAUAAAACGACGUUUUUACCCGUACCGCCUUUUUUAGCCCUUUUGUGUUGUCACAAAGCCUCUGUGUGCCCUGUGAGAUACAUAAUUCUGGAAAUUAAUGGAGCCUAUGCUGCAUCCUGCGCAGGUCAUGAUCCACCAUGGACAAAACCGCCAUUGAUUGGAUGGCUGUUCAUGCACAAGGGUCUCUUCCAAAAGAAUAGUUUGUUGAUUCUUGACCGCCCUUAAUUGUCUCUGCUCUUCGAGCCUUUUUGGGCCAGAUCUCUGCCUCAAGUGUUUGCUGUAGUGUCUUGUAGGCCAGGUCCCAUGACGAUGAACCCAUCUAUGAGCAGAGCUUGGUCAGGUAGCAGUCUUUUGGAGGCUGCAGGUGCAGUGCAAACUCACUAUGACAAGCUACUUAGCUCUUCGCUUUCCGAAGAGGAGAUGAAAGAACAACUUAGGGUCUUAGAACCCGAGUUGUCCGAAGCCCCGCCAGACCGUCCUGUGCCUUCGCCAGCCCGCAGCGGUGAGUGUGGCACACCUGCCACGCAAUACUACGAGCGUGCGGACACAGGGGAGUGCCAGGAAACCCCUGACACCGUGAAAGAUGGGGAUCAGUCUGACUCUGAUGUGGAGAUUGUAGGUGUGGAUAUCAUUUACACCAACCAGCAGGGACGUGCGUGCCCCUACAAUGAUUUGGAUUGGCCAGACAGACAGCCUGAUUCUCCUCACUCUCCUAUCGCAAGUACCUCCAAAGCUCUUUUUCCAAGUCCGAAAAAAUCUGCAACACCCGAAAAGUCGCAGAUGGCAAGCCCUGGGGGUGAGUACUUUGAGGAAUACAUCCCCGAUAUCAAAGAUAGAAGGGCUGGGCAGCCCAAACUUGGUCAGCAUACGCUUUCCAAGGCUGCUAUUCGUCAAAGGGCAAACCGUAUUUUUACCCGCAGGGCUGAUGGUUCACCGAAAGUAUCUGAAAAGAUCUUUGCUGAGUGGCAUCGGAAGGGUAAGGAAAGGACAACUUUGGAGAAUAUCUUCCGGCAAGUUGGUUACGAUCCUGAGACAUUCAUCAAUGAGGUGGAGAUUAUUCGUAGCGAACUUGAAAGUGCUGAGCUUGUCAUUGAAGGCCAAUUCGUAUCAGUUGCUACAAUGGAAGAGUGGGGACGGACAGAG